UUUGGUCAGUCUCGUCUCAAAAUUUGUUUGCUAAACUGUUCACCUAGAACCUAGAUUUUUGAAACCCCAUAGGAAUUUUUCAUCCAUAUACUGAUGUUAUACAGCACAUUCCGUUAAAAAUUAAAUUAAAAAUAACUGUUUGAGAAAAGAGCAACAGAUAAACCAAAUCGAAAUGCUAUUGGCCCGUUUAACCCAUGUGCUGCCAGGGCGAUCGCUGCGCCUUUUGGGCCAGACAGGAGGACCCCGUCUUUGGAGCUCCACUCAGUCCCAGAUCACGAGUAAUCCCAGGAGGAUGCCAACCUUAGCGCAAGGGAAAUCCGGGAUGCCGAAGAGGGAUAUACUGGAAGUUGGGAUGAGGAAGUACUCUAGGGAGUCAAGGGAUCGCGAUCGUUCACACUUGGAGAGUCGAACCAAGGGACCCUCUCUCAAGGACCGAAUGAUGGGGCCUCCUAGUGAAAAUGCCUACUCCAUGGGCAAAGGAGCUGCUGCAGGGGCAGCCUUGAUGGGCCUCGUGGGUCUCUGCUACUAUGGAUUGGGUCUUUCGAAGCAGCCCAGUAUCUACGAUCACUCUGUGGUCUGGCCCCAGUAUGUGAGGGAUCGUAUCCAUGCCACCUACGCCUAUUUUGGAGCCUCCUGCGGGGUUACAGCCGCAUCGUCCGUUGCCAUUUUCCAGUCGGACGCCAUGAUGUCCCUGAUGAUGCGUUCCGGGUGGAUUGCCUCAUUGGUUACCCUGGGACUGGUGAUGCUCAGUGGGGCCGUUGCCCAGGGCAUUGACUAUCAGCCAGGAUUCGGGGCCAAGCAGCUGGCCUGGCUCGUCCACUGUGCCGUUUUGGGGGCGGUCCUGGCGCCCAUGUGCCUCCUGGGUGGACCCAUCCUGACCAAGGCCCUUCUCUACACUGGCGGAAUCGUGGGUGCCCUGUCCACGGUGGCCGCAUGCGCCCCGAGUGAAAAGUUCCUCAACAUGGGCGGACCCCUGGCCAUCGGACUGGGCGUGGUCUUCGCCUCCUCCCUGGCCUCCAUGUGGCUACCGCCUACCACUGCGGUUGGGGCGGGGCUGGCCAGCAUGUCUCUGUACGGAGGACUGAUCCUGUUCAGCGGAUUUCUUCUGUACGACACCCAGAGGAUCGUAAAGUCGGCGGAGCUGCAUCCCCAGUACAGUAGCUCGCUGUACGAUCCCAUUAAUCAUGCCCUGGCCAUAUACAUGGAUGCCCUGAACAUCUUUAUCCGCAUCGCAAUUAUUUUGGCGGGAGACCAAAAGCGAAAGUAAUUAUUCUUGACUCUUCGGACAAAGAAAGCAAAUAAUUAAUUUCAUCAUAUUUAGAAAACAAUAGCGGGCUAAACGGGAACCCAAUACUUGAUUUAUAAAUAUCUUAAUAGUAACUUCUUUGGAUUGGUCAUUUGUGAGAGCAUUAAACUUAAACUAAACAAGCUU